GAGCGCGCCCAGCGCCAAAGUGUCCGCGAGUGGUGGGAAAGACGAAGCUGACAGAGUGUGUGGCCGAAGGAGAAUCAAAACAUCCUCGAAAAAUUGAGAAAAUCGCCCAGAAAUGGCUCUUCAUCUCACCAGGGCACUGUGUGGCCGCUCUCUGACCCUCCAGCUCACUCCCGGACGCCUGGGCAGCCCCAUGAUCGCCGCUCGGAGCAUCGUGCUGAAGUCAGAGGCGCCCAAGGUAGAGACGAUGGAGAAUCACGAUGAGAGGAACAGCAAAUUGGGGCGUCCUCUGUCGCCCCACAUCACCAUCUACAAGUUCGAGCUGCCGGCCAAUCUCUCCAUCACGCACAGGAUCACCGGCAUGGCGUUGGCCACGUACAUGGCGGCCUUCGGGAUUGGCGCGCUCGUGUGCCCCCACGACUUCUCCUACUACGUCGACGUAGUAGAAUCCUGGAAGCUGAGCGCUCCCACGCUGAUCGCAGCCAAGUUCGUCCUGGCCUAUCCUUUCACGUACCACCUGGCCAACGGGAUGCGCCACUUGCUGUGGGACACUGGCAAGGGCCUGAAGAUGAAGGAAGUCUACACCACGGGCUACACGAUGCUGGCCGUCUCUGUGGCCCUCGCGGCCAUCCUGGCGGCGAUGUGAAUGCAAAUUGCGAAUUCUGUUGUAUAAUUUAUUCACUGGCGUGAGAAAACAUAAAUUUCCUAUAGUA